GCGGGCUGCGCGGCCGCGGGGCUUCUGCGUGCGCCGGGCCCGUGGCGAGCCGCGUUCCCGGGGCCGCGUGCUCGGAGGAGGCCGCAGCGCGGGUGGGAAGAAUGGAGCUGGCGUCCCGCUCCCAGAUCCCUAAAGAAGUGGCUGACAUCUUUAACGCCCCCAGUGAUGAUGAAGAGUUUGUCGGUUUCCGAGAUGAUGUUCCCAUGGAAACCCUCUCAUCAGAGGAGAGCUGUGAUAGUUUUGACUCACUGGAAUCAGGGAAACAGCAAGAUGUGCGUUUCCGUUCCAAAUACUUCACGGAAGAGCUGCGAAGGAUUUUUAUAGAGGACACGGACUCAGAGAUGGAAGAGUUUGAAGGAUUUACACAGAAUGAGCUGAAUGGAAAUAGUAACCCAGAAGUGAUGCUCGUGGAGUCAGAUUUGAGUGAUGCUGGUAAGGAGUCUUUGGUGAGUGAAGAAGAGGAAGAGGAUGAAGGAGAGAAGGCUACACCCAGAAGGAGGAGGCCGAGGAGAAGCAGCAUUGGUCUUCGAGUCGCCUUUCAGUUCCCCACCAAGAAACUGACGAAAAAGUCAGAUGACAGUUCCUCGGAGCCACUGUUUUCUAGCACACGCUUACAGGACAAUAAAAAAGCAAUUCUUGGAAGAAAGAGAAGCUGCAGAAAGGGGAAGGAAAGGGAAGAUUCGGUCUCAGAGUCUGAGGACGACUCCAGGGAUGAGGCUCAGGAGGGCUCGGAUGCUCUGCUGAAAAGGACCAUGAACAUCAAGGAGAACAAAGCCAUGCUCGCCCAGUUACUGGCAGAACUGAACUCAAUGCCAGAUUUCUUCCCGGUACGAACCCCGAACUCAGCUUCUAAGAAGAGAACAGCGAGGCGGGCCUUCUCAGAGGGACAGAUCACGCGACGCACAAACCCGACCCGCAGCGCACGGCCACCCGAGAAGUUUGCCCUGGAGAACUUCACCGUCUCAGCAGCCAAAUUUGCAGAAGAGUUUUACAGCUUCAGGAGGAGGAAGACAAUUAGUGGGGGGAAAUGCCAGGGGCACAGACGGCGUCACCGAAUCUCCUCUUUUCGGCCAGUGGAGGAUAUCACUGAAGAGGACCUAGAAAAUGUUGCCAUAACUGUUCGAGAUAAGAUCUAUGAUAAAGUUCUGGGCAACACCUGCCACCAGUGUAGGCAGAAGACCAUUGACACCAAGACGGUGUGUCGGAACCAGGGCUGUGGUGGGGUGCGAGGACAGUUUUGUGGGCCAUGCCUGCGGAAUCGCUAUGGGGAGGAUGUGAGAUCUGCGCUGCUGGACCCGGAUUGGAUGUGCCCUCCCUGCCGUGGGAUCUGCAACUGCAGUUACUGUCGGAAGCGUGACGGCCGCUGUGCCACGGGGAUCCUCAUUCACCUGGCCAAGUUUUAUGGUUAUAAUAACGUGAAGGAGUACCUGGAGAGUUUACAGAAGCAGCUGGUGGAAGACAAUUAGGAGAAAGAACCAGCCACCUCACUGUACAGCAUAUGCCAGCAGGACAUGCCAUACCACUUGUGCCUAAGAUUUUUUACAGUUGUGUUUUUAUACAGAUAUUUUGUAGAUCUAAAUGCUAUUUUUUUAAGGUUGUUUAUAUACUUAAAAAGAUCUCUCAGGAAGAUGGCACAGCAGAGCAAUCUCUAUACAUGUAGCCAUAGGCCCCUAUGUAUAUUGAAUGGUUUAAAAGCAUCUGCAUAUGAUGAAAAAGUUUAAAUGGGGUGGAGUUAAAGUCCAGGUAAGUUCCAGAGAAGACACUGUAUAAGCAGCUCUUGCCUUUGACACUGUUGAUCUAUGUGGCCUUGAUCUUUAGUUCCCAGUCAGUGACCACAGUUCUCUGGGCCAUUGGAAUUUGUUAAAGAAUGUUCUGCUAAAUUA